AUGUCCGGCGUCAAGUCCCGGCUGUCGAAUUUACUCGGCCAUUUCUCAACACCCGCCCCAUUCGAGCACCGAAUUAAUCGGCAUACGCUAUCUCCGACAUUCUUUCUACCUCGUGCAGCUGCCAUUGAGCCAGAGGCGGAAGCUGUCUACCACAUCACUGCCAACAACAAGGUCCUCCGCAGAUCCUACAGUGAGCUCGCAGAUCGCGCUCGUGGCUUAGCCUAUUAUUUGAAGAAACAUGGAUUCAAGCGAGUUGGCAUCUUGUGCCCAAAUACCCCGGCAUUUCUGGAGUCGAUCUUUGGCAUUGCUGCUGCAGGGGCAAUCAACGUCGCCGUUAACUACCGUCUCAAGAAGGAAGAUAUCGCCUACAUCUUCGACCACGGCGAUGUAGAUGUCAUUAUCGUGGAUCAAGAAUUUGAGCCGCUGCUUGAAGCCUACCGCGCGGACCAUCCUAAUAUUCCGUUCAUUAUCGAUACUGAUACUGAUGUUACUGAGGGCCAGCUGACUGGGCCAUUUGACGACGCUGUUCUUGAGGGCUUGAAGCAUGAUCAGGAAUUGGGAGCGCUGGGUUGGGAGGCGCUUGAAAGCCAGGCUGCUGAUGAAGAUUCCCUCAUCGCGCUUGCAUAUACCAGUGGAACUACUGCCCGUCCGAAGGGAGUUGAGUACACCCAUCGGGGUUGUUACCUUGCAGCUUUGGGUAACGUGAUCGAAUCGGGCUUGAAUUAUCAUCGUGGCCGUGCCGGAUAUCUCUGGACGCUGCCGAUGUUCCAUGCUAUGGGAUGGACAUUCCCUUGGGCAGUUACCGCCGUUCGUGGCACGCAUUACUGUCUACGCAAGAUCGAUUAUCCUCAGAUCUGGAAAAUGCUCAAGGAAGAGCACAUUACCCAUUUCAACGCAGCACCAACCGUCAACACUCUCCUCUGCAACGCCAAGGAGGCCGAAAAACUGCCCGAACCUGUCCGUGUGACAGUCGCUGCUAGCCCACCGACCCCACACCUCUUUGAGCAAAUGACUGACCUGAACCUCCAUCCGGUCCAUGUCUAUGGUUUGACCGAGACCUACGGACCCAUUACCAAAGGAUACUAUCUGCCUCAGUGGGACCAGAUCCCACUGAAAGAGAAGUAUCAAAAUAUGGCCCGGCAAGGCCAUGGCUUCAUCACGAGCCUUCCCGUGCGGGUGAUUAAGACCGAGGUCCCGGAAGGCACCGUCACGGACGUAGAGAAGAAUGGCCAGGAGAUCGGAGAGAUUGUAUUUGUCGGCAACAUCUGUGCUCGGGGCUACUUCAAGGACCCUGAUGCAACCCGGAAGCUCUUCGCGGGCGAGGUGCUGCACUCGGGAGACCUGGCUGUCUGGCACCCAGAUGGAGCGAUCCAGAUUCUCGAUCGGGCCAAGGAUAUAAUCAUUAGCGGUGGCGAAAAUAUAUCCUCCGUGGCGCUGGAGUCAAUGUUGGCCACUCACCCCGACAUUCUCGAAGCGGGCGUGGUGUCUGUUCCUGACAGCCACUGGGGCGAGCGACCCAAGGCAUUUGUCACAGUCAAGCAAGGCCAACAGCUGGAAGGCAAAGACGUCAUUGACUGGGCUCGGAAUGUGAGCGGGAUCAGCAAGUUCAUGAUCCCGCGUGAGGUUGAGGUGGUUCCUGAGUUGCCCAAGACCAGUACGGGCAAGAUUCGAAAGAAUGUGCUUCGGGAAUGGGUGAAAGGGCCUAAUCGGAGUGUGAAUGUGUAG